UAAAGUACCAUAUGUUAUUCGAUUCCAAACUUGUCUCGAGAUCAGGACAAUCGUCUUUGUGAUCCUCUGCAUACCGUUCAUCAUGCAUAGAGAUCCGUGACACAGCCCAAGGCUCGCACAGCCUGAAAGUUGGGAAAGCUCGGAGGUCAUCGGAGGAAAGUGGAAGCCGACGACAAUGGCGGAUAAGCCGAGCAGAGCUCUGGUGCUAAUUGGUGAUGGCCACGCUUCUUGCGUCUCACCCUCGUAUGCGAAUCUCCACGCCUUCGCCUCCAGGGCCUCCUGUGGUUUCCUCUCCCUUCGAACUCCUAUUCCAUCUGAAAGUGAAAAUGAUAGAGUGAUCAGAGAAUUAGCACAGCUGCUUGAUGCAUAUGAUUUCUAUGUGAACAAGCAUGGAAACCAUGGUAACGUCAAUACUGAUGUGAAAAAAGAGGAGCUUGUGUGUCCAACAAUUUCUGAGAGGUUUAUGGGUUUGAGAGCUGCUUUCAUUACUAACUGCACUGAUUCGGUAUCAUUUGCAAGAAAUCUUGGUUUGAAUGUUCUGCAACUUCAUGAAAUAGUUAGGCAAAAUGAGUCCAGUGAACUGCUUCCUGAAGUCUCUGAUGCUGUCAUAUCUAAGCUACUAUUGCUUCUAGGUUUUUCAGGAGGGGAUGUACUAGAAAAAUAUGAUUUUGAUCUAGUCUUCUUGCAUGUUAGAUUUACUGAAAAGUCAAAAGAUCAGAAAGAAAAGACAUUUAUAAAUAGUGAUGUUGAGUGGCUCGACAAAUUGGUUGGCGGGAUCAUGCAAACGGUGCAUCCUGGAUCACUAGUUGCCUCUCGUUUGCACUUCUCCAUCUUGUUAAGUUAUGGUAUUGUUUCAAAGAAUGAUGAGAACUGUACUUUGGUUUUGAACUCUUCAACAGAAACAAAUUCCGAUCUGUCUUUACUUCGCCCUCGUCAAAGUUACACAAUGAAAGGUGGAAGCAUAUUAAAGGACAUCAGGCAUCAUCAUCCUAUCUUAGUUGCUCAGUUGCAAGAGGGAGUAACUCGUAGAGAUAUGGUAACAAAGUUUUCCUUUGAAGAAUUUAAGAAGGAUGGGGCGAACCUCACUAUACUCGCUGAUAGGUUUCUGCACGAGGUGGCGUUCAAGCUCUGGAAAGCACCAAAGUAUGGAGCCUGAGAUUAAAAUCACCUGACACUAAGGAGGACAACAAAAUGCAGUAUGAAAUUACCCCUUGUUUAUGAAUAAAGCAAAUUGAGGAUGAGUUACAACAUAUUGCCUAAAGGCAAACAGCAGAAUUUUCCGUUGUCAAUGUCAAAAGAUAAAAUAUAAAAGCCGGUUUCUUCGGCAUGUUGUGUAUCUAGAUGAGUUCAACAACCGCAAGUUGGUUUCGUA